UUGGAAGCGGAACUCCUUUUUUAUAUUUGAGAACUGACAGGGAUAGAAAGACCUAAAGAAACCUAAGGUUUCUUUGAAGAUACCCCAAUAUUUCUGAAGUCUAUAAGGAUACAUAAUAUGGUCGUGGGGACAGCGGGACAUAAAGUCCUCUUGAUAUCUGGGCAACAGAAUGGCUCUUCUAGCUCAACACAGGGCUACAGCCGGUCAUUUUCUGUCGUUUUGCCGUCACAAAACCAAGCGAAUUCGUCAGAUUCCGACUCAAAUUCGACAACUGGGCCACCCCUGAGAAAAAGACAGAGACUCACUCAUUUGAGUCCUGAAGAAAAGCAACUUCGCAGGAAACUCAAGAACAGAGUUGCAGCCCAAACGGCCAGAGACAGAAAAAAAGCCAAAAUGGGUGAGCUGGAAGAGCAAGUUCUGGUGUUGGAACUGGAGAACCAGAAACUUCACGUUGAAAACAGGCUGUUACGGCAAAAUAUGUGCGGUAUGGUGAAGGAGAACAAGGAACUGAGACAGAGGCUGGGGUUGGACACCCUUGAGGCCAAAGAGAAUGCUCAGUGUUGGAGUCCAAUGGGAUUGAUGCAGGUUUGGGGAUCGGGUCUUCUGAGUCUGCAGUACUCAGGCUAUGUGUGCCUCUGCAGCAGGUGCAGACCCAGCAAUUCUCAAAUCUGAAGAU